AUGAUGAAGGCGGAAUUUGUCGAGGCGAGUGAGGUCGCGCGCGAGCUGCUCGGCCUGCGCGAGAUGUUGUGCGAAGUGGGCGUAGAGCCCGCGCCUUCGACGCAGUUGCAGGUGGACAACCAAGCGGCGAUCGCGUAG